GUCCUCCUCAGCCUCUCAUUCAUUCAUUCAUUCCCCUCUCCCCCUUCGCCCUUCGCCAUGUUCUCCACCGUAGGAGCGAUCGGGGGUUUCUCCCUCCUCUCCAAACCCUACUCUUUGUGCAGCAGCAACAGCAACAGCAACAGCAACAGCAACGAUCCCUCCUCACCAACCCCAAUUGCCGCCGCAUCGUCGUCUCCCUCGCUCCUCUUCCUUAACCCUCGUCGCCGCCGCCGCCGCCAUGGCCAUGGCCGGAGAAGCAGCUUCUUCUUCCCCCUCGCCUGCGCCGCCGAGCUCGCCUCCUCCGGCAGCAGCCUCGAUCAGAAGAAGGAAGACGAGGCGCGCCUCGAUCGGAGGGCGGCAGACUGGAGGGCGGCGCGGACGUAUAAAGAAAGCGGCGUCAUCUUCGAAGGGAAGGUUGAAGGAUCCAACAACGGAGGCUUAUUGUUGCGAUUUUAUUCUCUUCUCGGGUUUCUUCCCUACCCUCUCUUGAGCCCAUCUCAUUCUUGCAGAGAUCCACUAAGAACCAUUCAAGAAACAGCGAAGGAUCUAGUCGGUUCAUCUAUUGCUGUAAAGGUAAUUGAAGCAAACGAGGAGGAAAAGAAGCUUAUUUUCUCUGAAAAGGAUGCUAGUUGGUCUAAGUAUUCAAGCCAAGUCAAGAUUGGGGAUGUUUUUGAUGCCGUGGUGGGUUCAGUGGAAGACUAUGGUGCAUUUGCUCAUCUACGUUUUCCUGACGGACGCUAUCAUCUUACUGGACUUGUACAUGUUUCUGAGGUCUCUUGGGAUUUGGUUCAAGAUGUGAGAGAUUUUCUGAAUGAAGGUGAUCAGGUCAAGGUCAAAGUGAUUAAUAUAGACAGGGAAAAGUCAAGGAUUACUCUAUCAAUAAAGCAGUUAGAGGAUGAUCCUCUUCUUGAGACAUUGGAGAAAGUGAUUCCUCAGGAGGACCAGCAAAUGCCUACAGCUCAGAGCUUGUCUUCCAGUACAAUUGAACCUCUUCCAGGACUUGAGAGCAUAUGCAAUGAGCUACUACAAGAGGAAGGCAUAACUGAUGUACAGCUUGGACGCCAAGGAUUGGAGAAGCGUGUUGUCUCACAAGAUUUGGAGCUUUGGCUUUCCAAUGUACCAGCCAAGGACAAACAAUUCACACUGCUUGCUCGAGCUGGACGGCAGGUCCAAGAGGUCCAUUUGACAACUACACUUAACCAGGAUGGCAUAAAGAAAGCCGUGCAACGAGUAUUAGGACGUGUUCCAUGAGCUCGCCAGGUGCAACGUGUUCAUAAGGUUCUGCAGAUAAGGUCCGGCUUUUUCGUGAACAGACCAAUAUACUCGUAUUCCUCUUUCUCUCUCGUCUGUUUUUUUUUUCCUUCCUCGUCAUCCUCAACGUUUCUUCCUCUAUUUCUCCUCUGCUUCCUCUCCCUCGUCGAUCGAUCGUUCCCACGUCGACAUCACGCUCUUCUCUUCUACCUCAUCUAUACCUCUACCAACACAACACAAGUGGCGACGUUGUGGGCUCGGAUAUGAUGCAAUUCGCAGAUGUGACGUUGUGAUGAAGGGUGUGGCCAUGGAAAGUGAGGGCGACAAGAGUGCUAAAGAUUUGAGGACGACGUAGAGGAAGAGCGGAGUGGGGCGGGGAUGACGACUAUGGUAGAGGGCGA